AUGAGUGAUAACGGAGGAAGCCCAGAGAAGGCUGAGAAAAUAGUCAGUAUUGAUGACAUAAACCCAGAUGAAGUUUAUGAUAAAAGCAUCAAGCUGAUUCUAAAUAGUCCUAGGACACUAGAAGCUUGUCGAAGAUAAGGCAUUGAUCCAGCUGAUCUUGAUCGCAUUACAGAGGACAAAAUAAAAGAGCAGAUUGCUCAAAGAGAACGUAAAAAGAACAUUCCAAGGGUGCUUAUUGAUAUUAGAAUGGCACAUUAUGAAGAAAAACGCAAGCAAAAGUUUAAGCUAAUAAAGGAGGAACGCUUGAUCAUCAUGGAUGAAGCUGAAAAAGGCAGUAAAAUUUUUAGAAAUUCGGCUGGAAAUAGCAUUACUCGUUCACAAAGUAAAAUAAACAUGAGAUAGAUUACUUCAUUAAUAGUUGGAGGUGCAUUUGGAGCAAGUACGAUUAUUACUGAUAGGAAAUUUGUGAGUACUAAUAGUUUUGUCCAGCCAGGUCCUUCUACAAUGAUGAUGUCUCAGAGUGCAGGUCAAAUGCAAUCCUCUAUGCUAGAGAAGGAAAAGAGAGAGCUGGAAAAAAUCAAGUACAGAUAGAAGAAAGAUAUGGAGCAAAUGAUGGAAUAUGAACUGAAAAUGGAUUAAAUUCGCUAGAAAAAUGAAGACAAAUUUAAGGUACAGAGAGAAAAAGAGGAAAGAAGGAGAAUUGAAAUAGCAAGAUAGCAAAAAGAAGCUGAGGAAAAAAAGAAGUAAGAUGAAGAAAAAAAACGCAUUAAAAUGGAAUAAGAUGCUUUAGAAUAAAAGAGAAGGCAAGAGGAAUUAUAUAAAAAAGAAUUAGAAAAGGCAGAGAAGCAAAGAAAAAUUGAAGAGUAAAAGAAAAAAGAUAUUAUUGUCAAGGAAGAGGAAAGAAAGAAAAAACAAGAAGAAUUUUAGUUGUAAACUGAAAUGAUACUAGCUGAGCAGUAAAAAGCAGUUGAAAUGAGGAAGACUGAACUCGAUAAGAGGGAACAAGAGAGAAGGGAAUUCAUGUACAAAAAAUAGAUUGAACGUUAGAAAUUUGCCUCACAAAAAAGAGAAUAAGCUGAAAAGAAAAUAGAGUAGGCUAGAUAGACAGCUGAAAUGUCUUUGUAACAAUAAAGAUCAGAAUUUGAAAAAAGAAGCUAGCAAGUAGAAUUAAAACGCAAAUUCUUUGAGUAACAACGUGAAAAGGAAAAGCAAGAUAUUCAGUAAAGGUCAAUUGUGAGAUAGCAAGAAAUAUAGAAGGUCAUUGAAUAGAACUAAAUUUAAGAAGAACAGAGAAAAGUAUAAAUAAGAUAGCUUUAGAAAAUAGCUGAGGAGAGGACUCAAAAACUUAGCAUUGAGCGCCAAAAAGAAAUUGAAGUAAAGAAAAAGUUUGUGCUGGAAAAAGAAAAGCACUCAGAAGAGGUGAGAAAGCAAAUGGAGGAAAGGGAAAUUUCUAGAGUCGACCUUAUUAAGAAAAAAAGAUAAGAGAAAGAUGUUAUUCUCUCGAAAACUUAGAGCGAGAGAGAUUGGCAACUGAUGCUUAAAAGAGAAAUGGACUUGAUCAAAAGAGAGGAGAAAGUUGAGAAUGUUGAAAGAAUAGCCAAAGCUCAAGAAUAUAAAAAGUAAAAAGUGCUUGAAAAAAUAGAAUAUGGGAAUAUCAAGAGUGAAUAACUGAGAAAAGAGAAAGAAAAAUUACUGGAAACAAGGUUUGCUGUCAGAAGAGAAGCUGAUAAGUAAAAGCAAAUUAUUAUGGAUGCUUUUGAAUCAAUGAAGCGCAAGGGAAAGAUUGACAAUACAGCACUAGCCAAGUAUGGUAUUGAUUUCUCAAUAAAGGAAGAAGCAAACGAAAUGGACAUUGAUGAGGUAAAGAAGAGACAGAAUAAGGAAAUGAACUAACUUAUGGAAAUCGAAAAUGAAGCUGAAAAAGAAAGAGUGGAAAAGAUCAAUAGUACCAGUGACGAAGGUGAAAAGGAAAAGCUAUAACAGGAAAAUGACUAGGCUAAAGCACACACUUCAAAUAGAAUAAAUUAACUUCAUAACAGCCACUAGUAGGAAAUUAAGAUACUUACGGAUGAAUGA